GUUUCAGAUAAUGUUAAGCAAUAAGCUAAGAAGAUUAUUUGCUAAAUUAAAUGUGGAUAAAGACAUGAAAAUCCAGUCUAUAUCGAAGAGGAAGCUUCAGACGAAGAAAAAGCCGACGGUUGAGUUGCCUGACAAUGUUUGGAACCUCAUCUUUGACUAUUCGUCACCGUUUGAUGUAAUAAAAUGGCGACGAGUCAAUAAACAAUUCAAACGCAUUACCGAUAGUCGUGUAAAAAGGACGCUUUACCUAGACGUGUUGAGAAUGGAUAUCACACAAAUACUGCCGAAAGGAGUCAUGGGAGAUGGUGACUUCUUCCGGCACCCUACUUGCAAUUUAUUGGGGCAUCACGAAUAUCGUUCUCUUCUGCUCGUCGCUCAUGCGCAAUGGACAGCAAAAGAAGCGGCAAAAUUGCUGCGUGCGGUUCAGUUCUUUGGCAAAAACGCUCAUACCAUCAUGACCCCAGGAUGGCUCCAAGGUGAAGCGAAAUUCAACAUGUCCACAUAUCUUAGUCAGUCUGAUGGUGAUUUACCGCAAUGGAACCCGACAACGCAACGUAUUCCAUUAGGACCGCUCUUCCCGAAAGCAAGAGAGAUCACCUUCCGUUGUACUGUUCCGCAAUUACGUCGUAUGCGUCGACUAGCCGUCUAUCGCGUGCCGGCCACCAUGAUCUUCUCACCAGAACAUCUGCAAGUGUUCCGUUUGGCCAUCAUUGGUGGACGUUCCAAUGCACCAGCUACGAUAAAACUACGUCCAUUCCGUGAAUGGCUUGAUGCUGACCAACUCGGUAACAAGCUUUGCGUACAGUUCUGCUGAGUCAAGAAGAGAGGAGCCAUAGGCCUUCGUUUUUACCUCCUCC